AUGGCUAUCGCUGCUCGUCGCCACACCAUGGUCCGGAAGCAACCGAAGGUCAAACCACCCCCCUUGACCAUGAUGACGCGAAGCCGCUCCCGCGUCAUCAAGCCCUCCCCCUCUUCGUCUAUCACUGGCAGUUCGGAGGGCCAUCAUCAAAGUUAUACUGCGUUGCUGGAGGCAGCGAUCGAGGACACUAGGAGGAAGUUGGACGAGACCACCUCGGAACGAGAUGAACUCAAGGCCCGUGAAGCCAUUGCCACUACUUGCAUCAUCUGCAGGUCGCCUAAUUAUUAUCCUCGCAUGCUCGGCUGUGGCCACGUGUUCUGUCAAGGCUGCCUGACCUCGCAGUUCGAAGCAACGAAGGGAGGGCCUACCUGUAGUAUAUGUCGGACGCCGAUAUCCCUCAAAUUCGAGCCGAUUCAAUGCUACGACCUCAAGGCCCAAGUCGAAGCGUGGGCCCUCGCUAAUGGCGUUGUCGUGCCGCCGCCGCCGCCCUUCAAGUGGCCUCCCAGCGGAUCCGUAGAGGACGACGAUUCGGACACCGACUUCCCCCUCGGUGGAGAGAGAGGCAGCUUGCGGAGGCGGCCAAACUGUAGCCUGCUCGCGAGAGAUGGGUUCAAUGAAGACAUGUACGAUAUUUGUAUCCGAUUGUCCGUCGUGUACCGAUUUUCUGCUACUCUCAUGUCCCACAAGUUGAUUGCCUUCGUCGUUCGAAAUGUAGGGCUGGGCAUCGAUAAUGCAUAUACAGAAAAGCUCAGGAGCGCUGGGUCACCCUGGGCUGCGGCCGACACCUGGGGCACAAUACUACGCCAGCACAUUUUCUUGACGAGGCUAGCCGCGCUCCCCCUUCUCCCCUCGCUGUCCGGUUCGCAGGAGGAUCCACCGGGCAAGCGUCUUCUCAGGGACUCUGGGAUAUGGGAAUGCGGAUUCGGCAGCGAGCGCAAUCCGCCGGUGUUCAGAUUCAAGUUGCCGUCGAUGGACACCGUUGCUCGACAAGCGCGGACGCGGAUAUCGAGAGGGGUUAGUGAGGGGUGGUGGGCUUUGCUGUACAUCACGGUCCUCUUCAAAAUUGCGAACGCAUACGGAUCCUUUCGACCAUGUCAUUAUGGCGACUCGUCGCAGUAUAAGCUACGGCAGCUCGAAGGAUACUACAAGACCGUGCACCCGGGGUACAACGCCAAUGCGGGCCCAAGGCACCAAAAGUACACCAUCGCAAGCACCAGGCCAACCUCCAUGAUCUUCGGCGUGUGUCAGUCAGCCAACCUCGAAAUAUGGAUACCUGCCUACGCACCAGCAACAGGAAGCAACGGAUAUACUUCCAGGCUGUACAGACCCGGGUUUGCUUGCGUGGUCGGCUCCAGUGACACUGUUCUUCCGCCGGACAGGCAACGCGCAGUUCGCGCUUUGGACUACGUCAGCUCAUUAACGCUCAAACAGGCGGCGACCUACAGUCAGAGCUUCUCCGAUGCGCUCGAUGCCCUCUCGAGUGAUGUACAUUUCAUGAAGCGCAUGUGCGUGCUCUCCCUCGUAAUGGGCAAGUCACUUGCCUCCCACCCUCACCUCCGCCGCAUCUUCCCUUUCAUGUCCACCGAAGCCGUCCCCGACGACGACGAAGUCGUCUUCCUAAGAUGGGUACCCUCCUCCCAAGAUGACGAUGUUAUCUUCAUGGGAUUUGGACGCGCCUUCUGGGUCAAGCUCUACUGCUGUAACAUUUCCCUCGAUAUCCAAAAACCUCUGAUCGACUGCAUAAUAGAGCGUUGCCUCGCUCGCCGGUGCCCCCACAAGCUCACCGGGAACCUCUUCGUCGCAUUGCCUAUGGGCGUGAAUCAGAAUGGACCAACUCAGGCCAACAGUAUGGAGCUUCUCCGCGAGUUCUUCUCGUGCAUGUGCGGCGCAUUGCUCUUCAAGCCCUAUUUCAUUCAUGAUAAAUGUCCCACACCAGGAUGCCACCGGCCAAUCGACGCAACACCCGCACUCUGCUACGGCUUCGGUGACAAAGUUGAAUCAUUUGCGAAGGAAUUUGGGAUCGAUAUUCCCGAUACCGAACCUUGUGCCCGGGCGAUGGUGACAUGUUUGAAGCUCCAAGAUUGCCAUGUCCUGAAUGCUGCUGGUGGUCAUAAAGUCGGACAAUCAAUAGGCGAAGUAAAGGCGGGGUGUGUGAGGAGGUUUGGCGAGGGCUGGCGGGAUGACAAGGUCGCGGACGACUGCGGCACUGGGAACAGGCUAGCCGCGCUCCCCCUUCUCCCCUCGCUGUCCGGUUCGCAGGAGGAUCCACCAGGCAAGCGUCUUCUCAGGGACUCUGAGGAGGCGGGUCUUGCAGCGAGCGCGCCUAGCGUGGCCGGCUGGCCGUCGUCGAUGGCUGCCGUUGCGCGACAGACGGCAUCGCGGAUAUCGGGAUACGGUGAGCACAUCUAUCUCCUCUUCGAUGAUCUCUGGGCUCAGGGAAUGCGGCUUCCGCAGCGAGCGCAAUCCGCCGGUGCUCAGCCUCAAGUUGCCGUCGAUGGACACCGUUGCGCGACAAGCGCGGACGCGGAUAUCGAGAGGGGUGGUGAGGGAUGGUGGGCUUCGCGCGUCCCGGGCGGUGGCGGCUUGUUGCCAUUGACUUUGCGAAGGCGAUCUGCGGAGUGCACGCCACAAAGGCCGGCCGUGCUCGCUGUGCUCAGUUCCUCCAGUGCGCGCAUCGACAGCAUACCCUUUGCUGCGCGCCAUCGCGUGAGGGCUACAUCUCAUCCCGCCGGAUCGCGCGCAACAGCCCAGUAUGGUUCCUCCUUCCGCCCUCUCGUUUCCAUUGAGUAG